AUGGGAGCGGUGGUAGGCAUGCUGACCAUGCAGACCAAACAGAGACAGACCACCAGAGAAAUCACAAAAUGGGCUCAGGAAUAUUUCCAGAGAGAUAAAGUGGAUGAUGAGUUGGAGAUGACCAUGGUGUGUCAUCGGCCUGAAGGACUUGAUCAACUGGAAGCGCAAACGAAUUUCACCAAGCAAGAGCUUCAAGUACUCUACCGGGGCUUUAAAAAUGAGUGCCCAAGUGGCGUAGUGAACGAGGAGACAUUUAAACACAUCUACGCUCAGUUCUUCCCUCAUGGAGAUGCCACCACGUAUGCACACUACCUGUUUAAUGCGUUUGACACUACGAAUAAUGGCUCCAUAAAGUUUGAGGAGUUUGUGAUGGGUCUGUCCAUUCUCCUAAGGGGAUCAGUCCAGGAGAAACUGGAGUGGACUUUUCAUCUGUACGACAUCAAUCGAGAUGGAUUCAUCAGCAAAGAAGAGAUGACAGAGAUUGUGCAGGCGAUCUAUGAUAUGAUGGGGAAGUACACAUAUCCUGCUCUGAAAGGAGAUGUUCCCAAGCAGCAUGUAGAUGCUUUCUUCCAGAAAAUGGACAAGAACAAAGAUGGUGUUGUGACGUUGGAAGAGUUUAUCCUCGCAUGCCAAGAAGAUGAAACCAUGAUGAGGUCCAUGCAGCUCUUUGAAAACGUGAUGUAA